GUACUAACCUUUAACAGUUAAUUUUACUCAUUUUCAUUCAUUACUAGUUUCUAUGUAACUGUUUUUAUAUUGUUUUACUUUCUUUUUUAUUCAAGAAAAUGUUUUUAAUUUGUUUAUCUUAUUUUAUUAUUAUUUUUAAAAAGUACCUUAUCUUCACCAUACCUGGUUGUCCAAAUUAGGCAUAAUAAUGUGUUAAUUCCACGACUGUAUAUAUCGGUUGAUAUCGGUAUCGGUAAUUAAAGAGUUGGACAAUAUCGGAAUAUCGGAUAUCGGCAAAAAGCCAUUAUCGGACAUCCCUAGUACUAACCUUUAACAGUUAAUUUUACUCAUUUUCAUUAUUUACUAGUUUCUAUGUAGCUGUUUAUAUAUUGUUUUACUUUCUUUUUCAUUCAAGAAAAUGUUUUUAAUUUAUUCAUCUUAUUUUAUUUUAUUAAUUUUUUUAAAGUACCUUAUCUUCACCAUACCUGGUUGUCCAAAUUAGGCAUAAUAAUGUGUUAAUUCCACGACUGUAUAUAUCGGUUGGUAUCGGUAAUUAAAGAGUUGGACAAUAUCGGAAUAUCGGAUAUCGGCAAAAAGCCAUUAUCGGACAUCCCUAGUACUAACCUUUAACAGUUAAUUUUACUCAUUUUCAUUAAUUACUAGUUUUUAUGUAACUGUUUUUAUAUUGUUUUACUUAGUUUUUUUAUUCAAAAAAAUGUUUUUAAUUUAUUUAUCUUAUUUUAUUUUAUUCAUUUUUUUUUUAAGUACCUUAUCUUCACCAUACCUGGUUGUCCAAAUUAGGCAUAAUAAUGUGUUAAUUCCACGACUGUAUAUAUCGGUUGAUAUCGGUUGGUAUCGGUAAUUAAAGAGUUGGACAAUAUCGGAAUAUCGGCAAAAAGCCAUUAUCGGACAUCCCUACUUUGUAUAGUUGAAGACUUACGGUCAUUAGAAAACAUGACAGUUUCCAUCUUAAAGAUCUAAAACAAUUAUUUGGGAAUGUCUGGCGGGCCAGACUGAAAAGCUCAUGUGGUCCCCGGGCCUGAAUUUUCCCAGGUCUGGUCUAGAGGGACAGGCGAAAGUUAAGUUGGAGAAAAUGCGGUCGUUUCUAAAUUACUUCAUGUUUCCCUGCGGCCCGGUAGGAAAUGCAUCAGGGACUGGUACCGGUCCCCGGACUGUUGUUUGGGGACCACAUACCUAAACAACACAAUACAAGAAUAUAUCCCGUUUGCUACAAAGUCAAAACAGAGCACCUGAAAGUUGAUAAAUCAAGCGUCCCCUUUUAGUAUGAAGCCAUCCAACAAGUCCAUGCAUCGGCCAAGCUAACGGAUGUAAUCAGUCUCUCGGGUGACGAGCACGUCCACACCAAAGGGCUUCUUGUGUCACAUCAACUUGUCAGUUAGUGCGUGUUUAUUCUGGAAAGCCGCCGCCACCUCUUUUUUUUUUUUUUUUUGGUCAAUGGUCCCACCGCCGAUCGCUGGUACGUGUCUGAACAAACGACGGAGUCUCAGGUCCUCGGGACGGAUUGAAACCUCAGAAGGCAAAGGUGUUGCGACUUGUCGGGGAGGGAGGAGAGAGACAGGCUCAAAAAGACGCCACUGGAGGAUCCUGAUGAGGUGGAGGUCAUGUGACUGGAGGAGGAGGAGCCUGUAUUUACCUUUACCUGCCGUCAGCCCUUCACGCACUGGGAUGCUUUCCUCAGCGUGGGACUAGAAGUAGCUCGGAGAUGUUCGGCCCGGGCCAGCUGGUCUCCGCUCUCCUGCCCGCGGUCUUCCGAUCGUCCCAGUUCUUCCCCGCCUUCCCGCCCCGGCCCCCCUUCCUGAUCCCGGGGCCCUUCAUCAGCUAUGAGACCCUGAGGACUUACCUGCAGCCCGAGCCCUGCGAGGAGGUGCUGCUCCUGGCCUCACAGGCCAUGGUCAACAUGGGUCAGCUGGCUGAGGGCAUGGACGAGCAGCGGCCGGUGAAGCAGCGUCGCGCCCGCGCCAACUACAGCAGCUGGCAGCUGGAGGAGCUGGAGAAGGCCUUCCAGACCUCGCACUACCCGGAUGUCUUCAUGAGGGAGGCCCUGGCCCUCAGACUGGACCUCAUCGAGGCCAGAGUGCAGGUUUGGUUCCAGAACCGCCGCGCCAAGAUGAGGCGCCAGCUGAAGCUCCAGGGUCAGUGUGUGGAUCCUCAUCCCAAGGGAGAAGACGCCGACACGCCGGAAAAAACCGCCAGGGGUUCGAAACAUCACGCGGCUUCCGACAGCGAGCGCUGGCCCGGAGGACAGGAAGACGACGGUGACGACGACGACGACUACCCGUGGACAAAAGCCUCCAUCGCCGUGGAAGCCACGGGUCGGAGGUCGGAGAAGCGGGCGGGGCCCAGCUCGGAGCAGCUGCGCUCGUGCAGCAUCGCCAAGCUGAGGGCCAAAGCCAGGGAGCACGAGGCCGAGAUCCACGGCGCCGCCAACGCGGAUGAUUGAUGCGUUUCCUGCUUCCUGUUUGCUGCACACGGAGACGCCAUCAAGACUCUUAAACGCGUUUGUAUAGACUCCCUGGACACUACAUUAGGCACACCUGGCUCUAAAUAGCCCGUUAUUAUUUCUGUACGGGCACUAAUAACGACUCUGCAGCUUUAAACGGUGGCAGGAAAAUUCAAUCUUUAAUUCACUUUGACGCCGUGUGACUUUUUAUUCCGACAGCAGGCUUACGUGGCGAGCGAGGCGAAGGGGCGUUCAUGUUGCUGCGACCUUGACCCGCCGGCUUCCUCCGGGCAGGAUGAGAAUAAACAAAGGGAAUCAUGCUGAGUGAGUGAAUCCAUUAAAGGCCUACUGAAAUGCCAUUUUCUUAUUUAAACGGGGAUAGCAGGUCCAUUCUAUGUGUCAUACUUGAUCAUUUCGCGAUAUUGCCAUAUUUUUGCUGAAAGGAUUUAGUAGAGAACAUCGACGAUAAAGUUCACAACUUUUAGUCGCUGAUAAAAAAAGCCUUGCCUGUAGCAGACGAGUAGCGUGACGUCACAGGUUGUGGAGCUCCUCACAUCUGCACAUUGUUUACAAUCACGGCCACCAGCAGCGAGAGCGAUUCGGACCGAGAAAGCGACGAUUUCCCCAUUAAUUUGAGCGAGGAUGAAAGAUUCGUGGAUGAGGAAAGUGAGAGUGAAGGACU